UUGAUUACUUUGUCCGGACAAUUUAGAGGGCGGGCUUACGUGUAUCUUGAUUAAAGGGGUCUAUAUUAACCGGGUUUCCAUUGAUUCCUGCCCUCAAACGUGGUCAAAAUGUCAACGCAACAGGAGCAAUUGGACUUCAUUGAACGCCACCUGGUGUACGAUAUCUUCAAGGACUUUGGUCCCGAAGCUUCGCUAGAGUUCCACAAAGUGGAGUGCUCCAAUGGGCUGGAUGGCUUCAUGUCCGCCUUGUACACUGUAACUCUGGAACUGGUCAUUCGGGAGCGCAAGAGGACAGAGGUCGUCCUGGUCAAGUUCAUGAAGGGAACGGAGGAGUUCCGGGAGAGCAGCAAUUCGUACAUCCAGUUUGCCAACGAGAUCUUUGCCUAUGCGGAGAUACUGCCGGCGUAUGAGAAUGUUUUGAGGACAAGUCAUCUGGAGAGUGAGGUGGUGUCUAACUGGGUUCCUAGGUGCUACUUUGCCAGGUUUGGUCAGGUGGAAGGUCUCUCCAACGGCCGGGAAUCCGUUUUGGCCCUGAAGCAUCUAAAAAACGAUGGCUACCAGUUGGGUCCCAGGCUCAUCCUUCGUCGGGAUCAUCUGGAGGCCAUGGUGGGUCUAAUUGGUCCCUUCCAUGCCCUCGGCUACGCCACUAGAAUCCUCCAGCCGCAGGUUCAUGCUCGUCUGCGUGCCGGCGUGGUGGACAUGCCCUUUGUUUCCGAAUCAGGAAAGGCCAUCUUUGAUGUCCUCUAUCGCGUGGCCUUUGAUCGAUUCUACGAGUUCUACGACCGGCAGAAGGAGCAGCUCCUCAAGGAUACGGAUCCCGGAUUCGGUGCCGCCAUCGAGCGUUUGAGGGAGAAGUACUUCAAGCAGCCCACUCAAUUGCUGGAGUGGAUUCGCACCAAUUCCUAUGCCGCGGAUCAAGCGGAUAGCCAUUUUGCCACCUUCCUGCACGGCGAUUACAAUAGGAACAAUGUGUUAUUCCACUACGGAGCGGAUGACAAGGUGGAUGGCAUCAAAGCUAUUGAUUUCCAGGAGCUGCGCUUCAGCACCACUGCAAUUGACCUUAGUUUCUUCCUGUACAUGAACACGGCAUCCGAGGGAAGGGAGGAAAUCUACGCAGAAUUGCUGCGCAAGUACCAUUCCCAUAUGAUCCAGAUGCUGGAGCUUGUGCUGCGACGCAACCAGGAUGAGUUGACCGACGAUCGGGGGGCUGAGCUGCUCAAGGAAUACAGCUUUGAACGGUUUAAUGGCCACUUUAAGCGUUACGCGUUCUAUGGAGCCUUGGUCUGCAUGCAUUUCCUUCCCUGGUUGCUUGGCAAUGAGAAGGAUUGCGCCGAGUUAUCUCGCUUGUUCGAUACGGAUAUGCAUGGUCCCGCCUUCCAUCAGUUGUCCAUGGACAUUGCCGGGGACGAGGCGAACGAGGAGAUCUUCAAGAUAGUGCGUCAUGCCUACGAGCAUGGCUACAUGGAUGAGAUCUAGAUUAAUUUACAUUUUACACUUAUCAGCAUUAAAUCAAAUCUAAUUUGAGACUUUA